GUAAAACGAUGGAAAUAACCAGUAUUUUAUUAAAUAAACUGAUACAAUGACGACUGAAUUCAUCGAUAAAGCUCAAAUGCUAAGCAAACAUUCCGGGUCCGUAUCUGCUGCUUUUUCUGAAGCAUAAGUUUUGAUUUUGUUUUUGUGCCUCGAGUCUGUCUCCAUAUCUGGUUUAAAUUAGGAUCUCACAUGUGUUCGGAUUGGCUUCUCGUCUGGAUUGAAGUUAUGUUUUUCACCACUCCCUUUAAUAAAUCUCAUUCUCAGCCUUUCUGCCCUGCGGAUCACCUCGAAGGAGCGAACUCUUCUAUUCGGAUCAUUUGAAUUAUUUAAUAUCCGUUAGAAGCAGCGACGCAGAGAGAAGUGAAUAUUUGGAGUUUUUGCGAAGAACCAUCGUUUCUCGGAUUGCUUUAAUUUGGUCAGAGUGAAGCGCGUGACCGCCAUGGCGCACUUGUGCAGGCAGGCGAGCGGCGGCGCGGCCAGCUGUGCGGGCUGGGUCGGCAUCAUCGUCGCCACGGCAACCAACGACUGGGUUCGGACCUGCGACUACUCGGUGACCACGUGCGUCCGCAUGGACGAGCUGGGCUCGCGGGGACUGUGGGCGGAGUGCGUCAUCUCCCCCGCGCUUUACCACUGCGUGGCCCUCAGCCAGGUGCUGUCCCUGCCAGCCUACAUCCAAACAUCUCGCGCUCUGAUGAUCUGCUCGUGUCUCCUCGGGCUUCCCUCCUUGCUGCUGGUGUUGAUGUCGAUGCCCUUCGUCCGGCUGCAGAACGACAACGCCGCCAUCAAGCAGCGGCGGGCCUGGGUGGGAGGCGUCCUCUUCCUCCUCAUGGCCGUGUGCGGCGUGGUAUCGACGGUCUGGUUCCCCAUCGCCGCCCACCGCGAGCAGCACCUGAUGGCGUUCGGCUUCUCUCUCUACGCCGGCUGGGUGGGCUCCGGCCUCUGCCUGCUGGGGGCCGCCGUGAUCCUGUUCUGCCGCGGCAUCGACCCCGGCCCCCAGAGCGGGGGCAACAGCUUCUACUACUACUCCAGGCAGGGGGGCACGGCCACGCCGCUGGACCCCCCCGCCAACCACGCCAAGAGCGAGCGAGUGUGAAGCCGCCGUGCGCCAUGAUUUAUCAUUAAACAUUUAGGCCGAGGUGAAUUACGUCAUCUGCAUUUGGUUUGGUUUGGUUUUGUUGAAAUGUAUAUUAUUUCACUUUAAAUUGCAUGUUUUUCCAAAUGUUACCUUCAGAUUGCAAGUAUCUAGUUUAGAUCGAUCAUGUACCAGAAACUCUUUUAGCUUCCUCGUUUAUAGACAGCAUAAUCAAUAAGUAUCAAUCGAGCACCUGUAGUGUCAAAUCUAAUAAAGGUUUAUAAGAGAUUAAGAGUCGCAGCGUUUCACUCAAAAUUAGACAUUUAUUCCUGAAACGUCCGUUAAAAUGUGCACACGCCAACACGAGUUCCCGGUAAAAACCGAAUCACUCAAACCAGUAAAAACACACUAAAGUAAAUUCCAGGGCCUCCAAAGAGCCGAAGUGGAGACGCCAUUUCUUCUUAAAAGCUGUUUGUCAGAUUGAGAUGUGAGUUUUAAUGAAACCAACAUUGUUAUUGUUGACAGAAGUUGUUUGA